AUGGCCAUGACCUGGGAGCCGCGGCCUACCGGGGUGCCACGAGCGCGGUGGGCCGAUGUGGUAGAUUCGUCGCAGGAACAGGAGGAUGCGUCGCAACAGGAAGUGCGAGCAUCGCAGCUUCUGCAUCAAGAUUCAUACCAAGAUUCCCAGGCCUCGCAGCAGGCCUCGCAAAGCGGCAUCUGCGACCUUCUGCGCAACAACGCGAACCUCGCCGAGGCCGGGGCGUCGCAAGAUGAUCGGAUGCCGGACGCAGAACUUGCCUCGAGCUCCACGGACCGCCCAGGUUUUCUGUCCCGGAGACGCCACAUGACCGAGGCAUCGGUGAGCGAGGCGAUGGGAACUGUGGCCGAAGAGCCCGAAGUCAGCCCGGUCCGCAAGGAGCGUCGUCCCUUGUCCUCGGUCCUGACGGAGGCGGCCUCGUCUCUUACUCCGGCACCUAAAGCGCAGGAGCGCAAAAGAGGUGGGACCGCUCAGUCAAGUCCAGCGACCAAGCGCCACCGUCCACGUGGCCGGAACUCAGUACCGCGAGAGGAGGAGCAAGGUGCGGCGCAGCAGAACCAAGCGCAGUUAAGUGAGGAGGACUGGGCGCAGCGCCAGAACAAGCGGCGAACAGUGAUCUCCUCGCACAAGCGCCGUCCCGACUACAUUGCUUACAACUCCGCCUGCCCGCGCGGAAGUCGGGACCCCGAAGAGCCCAAUACGCCCGAUCCCGACGCGAGAACGAGUAAGAGGCAGUGGGAAUCGGAGGUUCAGCACUGGCGCAAGUCGAUUCGCGAGUGGAACGGGGUGAACUUCUGCUGCAAGAGCGGGAUUAACAAGUUGUGA